AUGGCUGCCUCAUCAAAAGAGAAAACGGCGUUCUUCGUACCAGAUGGCAAGAAGCACUUCCUAGUGAUGCCAAUGGGGAUACUAAGCGCCCACGCAUUCUUUGUCUGUGUAACCAUUCAAUUCAAGAAAGAAUGGCACGAGUUGUACAAACGAGACCCAAAGGCAGCACUACAAAAACUACUGGACAUCAUCAACAAGCACAGAGCGGCCAUCACGCUGAUCCUGGGCGAAAGCGCCGCCAAGGACAUUGAAGCAAAAGUGGCGAUCGCUCUAUUAGAAACGAACCCAAAUGCAUCAGUAAUUGUCGACGACAUCAUGCUAUUCGACACCAACAUCUUAUCACUGAUCGCAUACUUUGUAGCCACACUUGAAAUCCUCCAACAAUACCGAGUGACCGUCAACCUAAGAAAAACGAGGUUCCUACCAGCACGGGCAGAAUUUGUGGGACGUGACCUACUGCCCAAUGGAAACACCCCGGCACAAUCCAAGUACUCGACGAUCGAGAAGCUAUGCCCACCAGCAUCAUACUCGGACAUCCAGAUGAUCAACGGACUAUUUGGAUGGUACUCCCAAUGGAUACCACAUCUAGAGGAAAAGAUCCAACGAUGGAGGACCAUGGUGAUGGACAAACCAAAGUCCGGAGAAUGCAUAAAAGAAGAGGAAGCAGAACAAGUGAAAGCACAAUGGGAGCCGCAGGACGACAAAACGCUGGACGAACUCAAGCAAGCUAUUGUCACAGGACCAAUAUUGAAGAGACCCAAUCCAAAGAGACAAUUCUACUUGAAAACGGACUGGUCAAGCAACGCCAUGGGAGCGGUCCUCCUACAAGCGGACACGACAGAAAAAGCAGAAGAAUCAAUGAGGAAAGAGAUCGAAGGAGGAAAAUGCGAGUUCGACAAAUCAAUGUCAAAACUCAGACUCAGACCCAUAGCAUUCAUAUUGAGAAUAUGCAAGGGCAAAGAGCGCGACUACCAUUCCUUCGUAGGAGAAGCAGCAACAGGUCGAUGGGCGAUGAAGAAGUUCCGACAAUGGCUCAUCGGAAAAGAAUUUACGUGGAUCACGGACUGCAGCGGACUAACAAAGUUCUUCGAAGGCGAAUACGACAUCACACACACACUGCAACGAUGGAAACUAGAGCUAUUGGCAUUCAUCUUCACUAUAGUUCACCAACCAGCAAAGAUGCUCACAGAAUGCGACCUCUUGUCAAGAUACAAGGGCAUACUAAGCAUGUGGAGGAAUACGGAAGAAGCCCACACAGACAACCUGAUCAUUGCGGCGGCAUGGAAACUCAGAGAAGACAAAGCACCGCCCUGGCCCAGACAGCACCUACUACCUACUGUGAAAGGCGACCGGAUUACAACACGAACAGAACUAGUGCAAAUAUGUGACACAGCAAGAGCAACAUGGAUCAUUGGAAGAUCCCUAGACACCAUUGUGGACAGCUUCGAACUACUUGUAGGUACCAUAAUGCUAACAGCUAGCACCAGCGAGGAAGAAUAUUGGCAGCUACAACACGACAUACCAAACAUUGAAACGUUUGCCAAAAGGCUGGUCAACAACACAGCAUAA